ACAUUUUUGUGAUAUCAUAUUUAAAAUUUAACAAAACGGAACAAGCAGCAUCGUUGGCUUAUUGCCAUUUCAUUUUAAUCCUGUCCACCUUGCUAACCGAGAUAACAUUACUCGGCUUACCCCUGAGUCAUCAACAUCAACAACAGCAUCACUAUUCUAAUUAUCAACAUCAUCAGCAUCAUCACCAUAAUCAUCAUCGUAGUUAUAAUCAUAAUCACAAUUAUCCUUAUCGUCGAACAUUUCCGCUUUUAUCGCAUUCCGCAGCAACUACUGGCCAAGACAACGCCCGUUACGAUACUGGAUCGGAGAGCGAUAAUUCCGGUUUGUAUUUUUUGUCGGCAAUCACAGGCAAUAACUGGUGGUCAGGUGAUUUGUUUUCACCGUCGAUGAAUGGUGUAGCAACAAUUGGUGGUGCAUCUGGUAUCACUCCUGCGCCUGCUCCUCCUGCUUCAUCAAAUUUUCAUCUUUUUGGGGCUGCUUCUUCUGCUGCUUCUGUUGCUGCUGCUGCUGCUGCCGCUGCUGCUGCUGUUGCAUCUUCAUCUUUAACAUUGAACUUGUUACCAUCAAGUGAUUAUAUUUCAUCAAGUUUACUAGCUAACUGUGCUCGACAAGUUCAACAACUCAGGUACAACAAACAUACUCAACAAUUCUCACCGUGGCACGAUGGACCUAAUCGAGAAGGGGCUCUUUUCUGUCGUACUGGUACAUGGGUGGAAAUUUUAGACAAACGUACAGCCGAAUAUGAGGCUAAAACAAAUGAAUUAUCAAGGCCAGAAUAUGUACGUGGUACACGUUUGGAAAAUAGUCGAUUCAGUAUAUUGGAAUUCAUAUCGGUUGCAUUUGGUUUAGUAAGUAUACGUGGACGUGAAUCGCAGCGUUAUUUAUGUAUGAAUAGUGAAGGUCGAUUGUACGCUGCGUUACAACAAAAUUAUUCAAUGGAAUGUGUAUUUAUGGAAGAAAUGCUAGAGAAUUAUUAUAAUUUAUAUUCCUCGUGUACAUACGGUACACCAAAGAAACCAUGGUAUAUUUCAUUAAGAAAAACGGGCCGACCUCGUAGAGGUAAAUAUUCUCGUAAACGUCGGAAAUCAUCACAUUUUCUUGUUGUACACUUUGACGAUGAUCAUGACAAUAGCAAACCAAGUGGUUAUUCAUAUUCCGGUGAUGAUGGUUCCAUUCAUUUUUCUAAAGCACGAAUCAUCCAACCUAAUCGUUAUGAUUAUCUAACACACUAUGCUCCUGAUCAUGAUAAGCCACCACUUCCGAAAAGUUUGGACGAUAUUUUACCGGGUACACUGCAACAGCAUCCACCAAAGAUACCACUUAUUAGACAAUAUUCUCCAAUUGAAAUGGCGCGAUGGGUUGUCAAUCAGCGGCGUACAAAUGGUGGAAAUCGUAAAAUGUCACGUGAAGAAAGAAAUGAUAUUCGAAGGAGAAGACGAAGGAAAAGCCGUCUGGAGCGGGAGGAAAGGCAACGACAACGACGACGGCAAGAGCUCGAAUUGAAACGUACCAAUGCGUACCAGUCGCAAUUGUGGCAAAGUAGGCAACAAGACUGAAAACUGC